AGCUUGUGUUCGAAUCUAGAAAGAGGGACCUGAUUGGCCAGGACGACCGUUUGUUCGCAUGCGUCGUGCGGAAAAGGAAAAUGGUGCAUUUGGAGACAGUCGGAAAAAUCACUGACAAAAGAGACGUGGUAGUAGUCGGACCGAAUUUGACACUCAUAUUAAUUUAUGCGUCGUACAUUCAGGAGUCAAAAUACUUAUAAAUUUUAAAUGGUAAAAUGAACCAGGGGGCGGGGGGCGUUUAGUAUCCGAAAAAGUAUUAUCAUAUAUUUCUUCAUUUAUUUGAGUGAAGAAACGGUGCUUUAAACAGCGACCAAAAAACGACAUGUUGGUAUUUGUUUAACUGUAAGCAGGCACCGUACAAAGUUAAGUACGAUCCCGUGUUUCUACCUGCCUGUACUUUACUGAGGACACCUGAAGGCAGCACGACAAGGAACAGGAAAUGAAGGCUCAUGUUAUGGAAAGACGCUUUUGCUCCGAGCAGACGGUGCAGCACGUAGCUUUUCAUCCGUCCUGCUGUCCUGCCAGAUCUUGUUUCCCUCCAAACCCUCAGUCCUGAGCCCCACUGGUUUCUAGUCUCCACCAUGGACAACCUGGAGGAGGACCUGACGUGCUCUGUGUGCUACUCUCUGUUCUCGGACCCGCGGAUACUGCCGUGUUCGCACACCUUCUGUAAGAACUGCCUGGACAACUUGCUCCAGGUGUCAACCAACUAUUCCAUCUGGCGUCCGCUCCGCCUGCCGCUCAAAUGCCCCAACUGUCGCAGCGUGGUGGAGCUGCCCACGGCGGGCGUAGACGGCCUGCCCUCAAACGUGUCUCUGCGGGCCAUCAUCGAGAAAUACCAGAUGGACAGCGAGCCGCGACCCCCGUCCUGCCCGCUGCACCACAGGCAGUCUCUAAACAUUUACUGCGUCCAAGACCGGCAGCUGAUCUGUGGGCUGUGUCUGACUGUCGGAGAGCACCAGGGCCAUCCCAUAGAUGACCUGCAAGCAGCUUUCAUCAGAGAAAAGCGGACUCCAUCGCUGCUCCUGGCCAGACUCUCGGAGAAGAGACAGCCACAGGUGUGUGAGCUGGGGGAGCAGCUGGUGCAGGAGAAAGCCCGCUGUGAGGGUCUGGUGAGGCAGGACCGGCAGGAAGUCAAUCAGUUUUUUAAGACGCUGGAGGCGGCGCUGGCCAAGAAGAGACAAGCUUACCUAGAGGCCCUAGAUAAAGCUGGUGAAGAGGUGUCACAGGCCUACGACCCCAUCAUCCACAGAGUGAAGGAGCUGCAGGAAGAACAGCUGGACCUGGUGUCUUUUGGCCUGUCUGUGCAGGAGGAAGAUUCUCCCCUGGUCUUCUUGGAGAAGGUGCAUUUGUUCAGAGAGAGGGUGGAGGAAUGUAUUAAAACCCCUCUGCCCUCCGUGAUAAACCUCUCCGUCACGCCGCGAGCAGCAGAUUACCUCCAGCAGCACUGGCCCGCUGUGACCCUCGGGAGGCUGGAGGAGGCUCCUGUCCCCAAGCUGUGCUGCUGUUCCAGAUGUGGCUGCGAGGACGCCGGAGCUGGAGGCGACCGGUCCGACAGACUGGUCCAGGACACGUGGGGCGAGCUGCAGCCGACCGGGCCUGCGGUGCUGCUGGGGCUGCUGCUGCUGCUGCUGGCGGUGCUGUGGAUGAACCCGGUCGGAGGGGCGUCGCUCGGCUUCUCUCUGCUGUCUCGGCUCAGUCAGGUCGUCCACGGCUUCAGCAGCGAACUCACCACAUCCGUCUGGGACACAGCAGCAUCAGCAUACACAGAGAUACAGGCGGCUUUAGAAGAAUUGAGCUCACAGCUCUGCUCAAUGGAGGACAAGAUCUUUCAGCAGCUGGCCGUCUUAUUUCAGACUCUGACGUCUCGCUGAGAGAGGCCAAAGCAGAGUCCUGAACUCUUGUUUAGAAGCUAAUUAAGUCUCAAAACUGUAAAGAGCCAAUUUUGCCGUCAGCUUCACAAUAAGAGAUUUUUUUUUUAGAUUUAAAUCCAACAUUGGAGAUCUAAUGGACCACGACACAUUUCAGCUCUUUUUUCUGAACUGAAUGAUCUUUGCUUUGUUUUCGUUCUGGCUCUCAGCAUUUUAAGAGACUUUUCUUGGAGAAUUCAGACGAUAGAUAAGCAGAUUUAAAGGAAAGAAGAUCGUUAUAAAACUUUAGAAAAACAUAUUAAGAGAAAUAAUUUACUAACGAAAGACACCUUUUAAAUGAUUUAACCAUCAUAUGUAUACGUGAAUGUUAAUGUGAGGGUGGAUUUUUAGCUUUAGUCCCACUUUAAAGAAGUCAUAUGAAGCCUUUGGGAAGGCAUUGGAUAUGACUUAUUUCCUUGCUUCAGAACUUUACGGAAAACAUUUAAAACAUUAAGUUCUUUAAGCACAGUUAAUGUAGCUGAAAGUGUUUUACAGCGCCCUCCAUAAUUAUUGGCACCCCUGGUUAAGUUGUGUUCUUUAGCUUCUAAUAAAUUCAGUUUGUUUCUAAAUAAUAUAGGACCACAAUGGAAAAAAGGAAAAUCCAACCUUUAAUUCAAGUGCAUUUAUUCAGUGGGGAAAAAAUCACACAGAAAUAAUUUUUUUACAUUACAUCAUGUGUGCCACAAUUAUUAGCACCCUUGAUUUUAAUACUUUGUACAACCCCCUUUUGCCAACAAAACAGCACCUAAUCUUCUCCUGUAAUACAUUUUUCAACAAUUUUCAGUGUGAGAGUAUGCUUCUGCAAUAAAAAUUGAAUUUAUUUUAAGGUUUUGAACACAUCUUAACCAGGGGUGCCAAUAAUUAUGGAGGGCGCUGUAUGUAUUAAACUGUUAUUGUCAAAUGCUACGCUCCUCUUUGGAGGGAUAUUAUUCUGGCUCACAAUGACACUACCUAACAAAUGAGCAUUUAUCCUACCAAAACACUAAUUGCUAAUUUUUAGAAAGGUGGUUAGUUUGAGGUGUUCUCUCCCCAGUCACCUUUCCGAUCGGUCUCUGUGUCAGAGCUGGAGCCGUCAGCGCAGCCACACGUGGAUCUCCUUACACAAGACUGUUUACAGCGACUGGAGCAGUACGUGAAAUUUAGAGCCUGCUGAGUGGAACCAGACACACAGUGGACCAGACUUAAAGCCUUCACAGAUCAUGUUGCAGGGAUGCGGAGGGGUUCUCUUACUGUGCCUUCAGCCAUCAUGCCUUCACCUCGCCCCACUUAAUAGCUUUACGCUUAAUUCCACCAGGACCAAUACGUCUUGCUUAGGACAGUGCCUUUUUUUUGUUUGUUUUGUUUUCGUAAAUGGUGCACUGAUCUACGGUCUGCUUUAAAAGUUGUUACAGCCUUUGCUUUAUUCAGCAUCCCACAAAAGUUUGUUUUAUUUUACUCGAGCAGAGUUCAGCAGCUCUUCACUGAGACGCCAGCUUGAGUAUGUUGCUGCUUUCCUCAACACAAUGUGAUGCAACCUGGGAUUAAAAAAAAAAAUCUGACUGAACAAAUGCCGUUUUUAAGCAGUCACACUCAGGGCCGGAGUGGGACUCAUUUUCAGCCCUGGACUUUCAUCCCUCAGACCAGCCCACUUUAGAUCACGACCUAUUGCUAUUAAAAUCAUGUAAUUCUAGCCUUGUCUUGUAAUUCAGUGUGUUUUUAAAAAAUAUUUCCAAUUCAGUGCAAGUAAGGGUUGCUUCACAGUGAGGAUUUAUUCCAGCAUGAGUGCACAUCUCCAACAUUAUUCUUUACAACAAUAUCAGAAAUCUACAUUCUGUUCAAAUAAGUGUUCAAGGAUAUUCAAAUCUUAAAAAUGAAAUAAAAAAGAUAUAAAAAUAUUAAAUUUAAAAAAUAAAAUAAAAGGUGUUGCACUUUCUAAUAACUCUAUCAUCUCUUUUUCCUCUACAAGGAAACAGUUCCAUCACAACUUAAAUUUCACAAAUAUGAGAACAUCAGUUAAAGGGCUGAUCUCCAACACUAUUCUUUACAAUUACAAUGUCCUUUUUUGCAAUAUCAAAUAUCAAGCAAAUCAGUGUUCACAGAUCUAAUGCUCAUGAAUAAAGAAUAUUAUUGCACUGUU